CUUGUCUCGAGUCUGAUAGCGCAGGCUUGUGCGCCCGCGUCACAUGUCGGCCGCUCGCUGCCUCGCGCGCGCGCAUCCACGCUGCGACCGCCCGCGCGCCGGGCCCGCGCCAUGCCCGCAGUGAAAGUAUUCAACAUAUUCGGCGGACAGAAGCCGUCCGAGAAACAUCCACCCGCCAAGGGGGCGAUGCAAAAAUUCUACAGGACAUUCUCAGUCGGCAACGAAGCUUCCGAAACUAAAGGCAAAGUGACCGCGAUUGCCGCCUGCCUCGAGAAAAAAAUCAGUGAACCCGCAGUGAAACUUAACAGUGAUAAUGUGCAAAAGUUUUUGACUAAAAUCAAUGUUAAUGAGACUUUUGUGAGUUCGUCCGAUAAACCCCGACACCACGCUUACGAAAAUGUAAACAUUGCCGGCGGGAGUGUACCGCGGGAAGAGAAACUACUCGACGAGACUAAGGGAUACUGUUCGAUCUAUGAAAAUAUAACUGUCCUCGGUAAGGUAGCUGCUUCGAGAGCUGCACAAAAAGAGGUAGAGAUUAACGCUGAAUCGAAACUGAAUAAAGCUCUUGAAUCUUUCGAUAAAAUAUUAUCCGAAUUUUCAACAAGCACAACAGAUUUGACUGUAAAUAAAACCGAAUUCAUUCCGCCUAAAUUGCAAAAAUCAAAAACCUGUAGCAUCAUAGAAUCUCGUUGUAUUCUAAAACAGUCUAACUCUGAUCCUCAAAGUGACGGCAAGAAACGAAACACUGUUUCACGUAAUAAUUCUAUAGAUAAAACUACUAGUCUCUGGAAUCUUGACGAUAUGAAAGGAAAAGAAUUAACGGCUCCUCUCAUGCCGCUAACUCCGACACCCACAGACAAGAUGAACCCAGAUAAGUAUGCCACUUAUAAAAUAUCAUCUAAAAACUUGUCUCGGACCAACGGCAUUAAAACCGAAGAGUUGAAAAAACUGGAUGUUAAAACAAGAAUAUUGAAGAAAACGUUAUCGAACCCGCCGUCGACUCCCGUUCCGGUUAUAUCAAAGACAAAACCAGUAACAAAAAAUGUCGUCAAAAAAGUAAGUGACCCAAAGAAAACAAAACCUAAAGUAUACACAGAUAAUGGAUCGACAAACACGAAAGCAUGUUUAGAACGGAGAGAGCCACCCAAAUCCCAAAUGCUUAAAGCUAAAAGUGUCUGGGAGAUAGGGAACGAGUCAAUGGUUUCAUCGAACUUAGAACGAACCAAGUCGACCACUUCUAUCGCGGGCUCUCCCAGCAAGAUCCCGGUGAUCAGGAGUCAGAUGCCGCACACCAAGUUUAGCAGUACAAGAGCGCUAUUUUCUCCCACUCCGGUUGAUCUAAAUAAUAUAGACCAGGCCAGAGAGUGUGCUCAGAAAAAGAAGGUAAAUGCGCCUCGGAAAACUGUCGACAAACCUGAUCUAAUUAAACAAAUAAAACAAAAGUCAUCACUCAAUAUCAAGUCGGACGUGAAGCGACAACAACUCGAUAAAGCAAAAAAAGAUGACAAAAAGGUUCUUUCGGCUUCGACUCCGUCUAUACGAGAUUAUACGGAUGAAAUAAGCGCGAUGCGCGCUAAACUGCAGCAAAGAAAAAUAAACAACAAAAGAGACAUCGCCACAGUGAUGCCGGAGCUCAAACGAAAUGGAAAUGAACCGGAUGAAAUCGAUUCGACACUAUCACCUGUCAAGUCCAUCGUAAAAAAAUUAGAGCUCAAGACUGCUAUGGAAUCAAAGGCGGAACCGGCACAGUUUAUCAAUUGUAAAGUGAUCCCUGUGGUGCACAAGGAGCUAUGCGUGGCCAACACGACUUUCCACAACCACUUGAGCACACUCGUCGGCCGGCAAAUCAAGUAUACAGAAUCCAGAGAUGACGUAAAGUCCGUGCACGUUGACAAUAUAGUACCAAAACACGCAGAGGAAAAGAUAUCGGACUCUCACUCGGACUGCAGCGACGACUCCGGUCACGUUUCCAACGAUGCCGCGAACGAUAACGACUCGGCUUUCGAUAACGUGCACGACAUGAGCCCCGUGCGCACCGAUAUUGACGAAGUGGAUUGCAAAAUAUUCGAGGGUCCUAAACAGUUCAGGAUAGAUGUGUCGGAGAAUGGUCGGAGCGUGUGUCCCGUGGUGGGCCGCUGCGGGCGCGGCAUCGAGGUCGCUAGCGGUACCCGAGGCACCGACGCUCCGAAAGUGGACGAACAGAUCAUGUUCCGCGGCGGCGUCGUCGGCGGGCUGGACGCGCGCCGCGACGCUGCGCUGGCGCGCGUGCUCGUCCGCCUGCAGGCGCGCGCGCGCGGGCUGCUCGCGCGGCGGCGCGCGCAACGCCUGCGCACGCAGCACACCGCCGCGCGCUGCGUGCAACGCAACGUGCGCGCGUUCCUCGCUGUGCGUGAUUGGCCGUGGUGGCGGCUGCUGGUGCGAGUUACACCGCUGCUGGCCGUGCAUAGGACUGAACACCGACUCAAGCAAGCACAGCGUAACGUGCGCGCGUUCCUCGCUGUGCGUGAUUGGCCGUGGCGGCUGCUGGUGCGAGUUACACCGCUGCUGGCCGUGCAUAGAACUGAGCAUCAACUCAAGCAAGCACAG